UGUGGCCUAAGACCUGUAGCGGAGAAAUGGUAGGUAGCAUUGUACCAUAGAACCCUGGCCUGUUCACAAUAACGGUAUAGAAAUAAGUGGCGGUGUAAAAUGAAUGUGCUUGACGAAGACCGCCCAGGGGUGCCAAUAUGUUUCACAACGUGAAUGGUCGUCAAGACAUUCUUCGCAGACGCUAAAAUCAUGCAAUCGCCAGCAGGCAGCAAAAUAUGACUCAUUAUUCUUUCUUCAUUGCAGAUUUGUGGAAUAGCUCUCUUUGCAUACGAACAGUCACUGAGUCUUCACAAGAAAGGCGACGACAAUGGCGUCUGUGGCAUAUGAGAAGAUGUCGGCUUCGCAACUUUCAAAUGUGACAGCUUUAGACUGGACAGCGACGGACAGCGCUUUAGAUUCUUUCCUGUCCUCGGCAGCCGCUAGCUGCCUGCCGACCAACGCAACAUGCCUGACGACAGCCAACGGGAACAACAACAUCACCGCCGCCAUGACACAGCACCAGCCGCCAUUUUCCGACGCCGUGACCGCCAUCUUGGCUCUCCUCAUCACGGUGGUCAUCCUGAUGACCGUGUUCGGGAACCUGCUGGUCAUCGUGGCCUUCUGGCAGACCAAGACCCUCCAGACCACCAGUAACUAUUUCCUGAUGAACCUGGCCGUGGCUGACCUGAUGAUCGGGCUGCUGGCCAUGCCCCUCUACGCGCCGUACAUUCUGACCGGGGUCUGGCCGCUGGGGCACUCCAUGUGCGUGACGUGGUUGGCGUUAGACUACUGUUUCUGCUCGGCGUCAACUCUCAACAUCAUGGCGAUCAGCCUGGACCGCUACCGCUGCGUCACUCAGGCUGUCAAGUACAAGCUCCACAACUCAAAGAACACCACGUAUUUCCAGAUGGGCCUUGUGUGGAUCAUAGCCUUUCUGCUGUACGGUCCCGCCAUCGUGAGUUGGGAGCACGCCGCCGGAAGGAGACUCAUCCCUCCCGGGAAAUGCUUCGUACCCUUCCACGACAACUUCCCCUUCACCUUCACAGCCUCCCUGGUGGAAUUUUUCACCCCUUUCGUCAGCGUGUCUUUCUUCUACUACAAAGUCUACAAGGAGAUCCGCCAGAGAGCCAAGGCGAAGCAGGAGAGAAAGGAAGAGUACAGAGCCUUCCAAACUUCUCUGAGAAAAAGGGGUGGGAGGGCGUCCUCCAAUCCUGACGAAAUCCCGUCGUCCCUUGCACCGGAAAUGACGACAAUGACGACCUUGGUCAGCAGCAGCUCGUCCACAGGUGCCACUUCCCACAGGCCUUUGCGUGCCCGGAAGAAGCCGUCCUUUGACCACAUGGGACGGGAGCUUCGCGUCGCCAAAACUCUUGCCAUCGUGGUGGUCGUGUUCGCUAUCUGCUGGAGUCCUUUUACAAUCUUCACCCUCAUCCGAACUCUCUGCUCGUCCUGCAUAGGAGACGAGCUGUACGAGGUAGCCUUCUGGCUGCUGUGGCUGAACUCAACCGUCAACCCGAUCGUUUAUGCCGCCUUCCACACCCAGUUCCGCUCGGCGUUUCAGUCUCUCAUCUGCCAGUGUUGUAGGAAGACGUUUCUGGCAGGAGAGAAUGAUCCCGUAGAGACCGAACGAAAUUACAAACCAGGCGUCUCGGUCGUUCGUGAAGAGAGGACAGAGUUUCGGAUAGACGAACAGACUUGAGGAGAUGAUUCAAAAUAGUUCUUUGAUAUUCGCACGUACAACUUGGCAUGUCGUGUUGAUUUUGUCCUCUGAUGUUGUCGUUACCACCAUAUGAAAUAGCGUCACCUAGCGUAAUUACUAAGAAG